AUGCAUCCUGUUGCAAGUCAUUACUCGACGUUGCAAAUACUUACUGGAUGUGUGAUUGGGGCCAUUGAUGGCUGCCACAUUAAUGUCAAAGCACCAAUAAAGCAAGCAGACAGCUACACUAACCGUAAGUUAGGAAAGAGCAUCAUUUUACAAGCCAUUUGUACAGAAGGAAAACUGUUCACCAAUAUCUCAGUUGGAUUCCCAGGUCGUGUUCACGAUGCACGAGUAUUGGUGAAUUCUGAACUAUACAAAAGGAUUAGUAAUGAAGGACCGCAUUCAUUAUUUUAUAAUAAGUAUCAUUUAUUAGGGGAUACAGCAUAUCCUAAUCGUAAUUGGUUGAUAACAACAUAUAAAGAUUAUGGAAAUUUAACUCAGCGUAAAAAAAAAUUUAAUUACUUUCACUCGAAAACAAGAGUAUCUAUUGAAUGUGCGUUUGGUUUGUUGAAAGGGCGCUGGAGAAGGCUGUUAUAUUUAAAUAAAACGAAUAUUGAAAAUGCUUCUCAUGUCAUACUAACUUGCUGCUUUUUACACAAUUUCUGUUUAAUAAAUAAUGAUACCCUAAAUGAAUUUAUCAGCGAUUAUCAUAAAUUUGACACAUAUCAAGCAGUAAACAGGGAAAACAUUACUGAAAGGCAGCAAGGGAAUUCUAAAAGAGAUGAGUUAUUAGAUAUAUUAGUACCUCAAAUAUAA